AUGUUAAUUAUUAAUGUCUUGCAGCAUUAUGGUGGCUAUAAAUGUGAUGUGUUCUUCAGACGUACAUUUACAACAACUUCCGUACAAUCUAAAAACAAUUAUGAAGAUUUAGACAUCUUACCACUACGUGGCAGUUCACGUGAUAUUCCUCUCAAUGCCAAAUGGUCACAGACAGGUGUCACUGUAGCUGGAGGAAAUGGCUUAGGCGAUGGAACUAAUCAACUCAAUUCCCCAAACGGUUUGUUCGUUGAUAAUGAACAAAAUAUUUAUAUAGCUGAUUCCAGCAAUCAUAGGAUUGUCGAAUGGAAAUCCGAUGCAACGAAUGGUACAGUCGUUGUCGGUGGUUAUGGACGAGGAACAGGAGAUUAUCUAUUAGAUUCACCGCAGGAUAUCAUUGUCGACAAAGAGACCGAUAGCAUCAUCAUCGCCGACUAUGGGAAUCAGAGAGUUAUUCGAUGGUCUCGUCGAGAUGGGAAACGAGAGGAAACACUGAUUUCAGAUUUCUAUAGCUACGGUUUGACCAUGGGCGAACAAGGAUCACUCUACGUUGUCGACUCCAGAAAACAUGAAGUACGACGAUAUGAGAAAGGUGGCACACAAGGAAAAGUAGUUGCCGGUGGCAAUGGACAAGGAAAUAGUCUCAACCAACUCAAUAACCCUUUUUUCGUCUUUGUCGAUCGAGAACGCUCAGUUUAUGUGUCUGAUUAUGGAAAUUAUCGUGUGAUAAAAUGGAAAGAAGGUGCAACACAAGGCACCGUCGUUGCUGGUGGCCAAGGGCGAGGAAAUAGUAUUACACAAUUGACUGUUCCUCGAGGAGUCCUUGUCGAUCAAUUGGAGACUGUCUACGUGGCCGAUCAACAGAAUCAUCGAGUUAUGCGUUGGCUGAGUGGAGCCAAACAGGGAAGUGUCAUAAUUGGUGGAAACGGCGAAGGAGACAAGCCGAAUCAAUUAAACAGCCCCAUAUGUUUGUCAUUCGAUCGUCAUGGCAAUCUGUACGUCGUCGAUCGGGACAAUCACCGUGUUCAACGCUUUGAUCUCCAAUGA